UUUAAAAAAAUUACCGACCCCCGUUGCCAAAAAUUUUAUUUUUUAUCUCAAUAAUUAAUUAUGAUACUUUUAGUAUAUAGUUUAUUAAAUAUAUACGAAAUUUUCUGUGAUUAUUAAAUAAAUUUUAUUUUAGUAAACAAUAAAUUGUUGAAAGAAUUUAAAUUAAAUAAAAGUUUUUUUUUUUUUUGAGUGCAUCAUUUUUAUUGUAUUAUUCUUUUACUUGUUUUAUAAAUAAAUUUAUAAUGGAGCAAGAAGAUCGUGCUAAAAUAGAUCGAUGUGUUGAUAAAAUGGUACCGAUAAUUAACAUGGAAUCACUGUGGCCACAACUGUUUGAUAAUAAUAUUUUUAAUAGAGAUGAUGUCAAUGUCCCAAAGUGGAAGGACAAAUUGGAUCAAGCGGAAACAAAACGUGAUAUUUUGAGAACAAUUAAAACCCGAGGUCCAAGAGCUUAUCAAAAUUUUUUGAAGUGUUUGAGAAAAACACAUCAAGAACAUAUAAUUAAUAUUUUAGAAAAUCCAGAGUCUAUUUUUAUAAAUUCCACUGCUAUCAGAACUGCUUCUAGUACCAGUACUGGUUACAAUAAUAAUAUUAUUAUUGAUGAUCCUGAUGAUGAAUUAGUUUAUAAUCCAGCAGAAGCUAAAGAAAGACUUAAAAUCAUCGUCAGAAAAUCGCGUGAGUUUUUUGAUCCUUAUGGCAGCGAAGACCACUGGCCUAUGAAAAGUAAUCCUCGGGGAUUGGCACUAAUAAUAACUCUCAUAAAUUACGUUGACACAGAUCGUGAUAGAUCGGGUGGUAUAAUCGAUCACGAAAAUUUGAUCUCUCUUUAUACGCAAAUGGGGUUCGAAGUUCAUGAUCGUAAAGAUUUGACUGCUGACGAAAUAAGCGACGAAGUGAAAAAAUUUUCUCAGUUAAAAAAAUUACGAACAGUCGAUUCUUGUUUCGUUAUAAUUUCUGGACAUGGAGACUCUACUGAAAAUGGCGAGAGUCUGAUACAGGGUGUAGAUCAUACCGGAGUUGCAUCAACUCAGCAUAGAGAAAUAAAAUGUGAUAAAAUAGUUAAUUAUUUCUCUGCUGAAAAUUGUCCAAAUUUGGCGGGAAAACCCAAAAUAUUUAUUUUUCAAGCCUGCAGAGGCAAGAAUAAACAGAAGGCACUGACUCAUCAGGAUGCGAGACAAACAAAUGAUAAUUUUUCUUUAGAACCGAGUAUUAAGCAUCACGAAGGCAAUCGCGGGAUACGGGUUCUAGAAAAAUCUGUAAGGAAUUAUUCUGAUAUUCUUAUUGUUCAUUCCACACUGCCAAAUUACGUAUCAUUCCGAGACUCUAAAUACGGAUCUUGGUUCAUCCAAAUAUUAUGUGAAGUAUUUAUGAAACGGGCUUAUCGUUCGCAUGUAUUUGAAUUACUGCAAACGGUUGAUAAACGUUUAGAUGCAAUCAGAACAACCGACUUCCACUGCCAGACAGCUCUUAUUGAAGUAAUAGGCUUCCAUAAGAAGAUGUAUAUUAAUCCUGGACUUUUUGAAUAGACAUUUCUUUAACUCAAUCAUAUUUCAAUUAUUAUUAAUUUAAUAAUCAUCUUACUUCCAUAUAUUAUUAAUAUAUUACGUAAAAAAUAUUUAUGACAUUCCACAUUGUAUGUAUGGAAUCUCAUGCAAGACUUGAAUAUUUAUUUAGGAUUUUCAUUGCCAGUAGAUCAAAUCUACGUUAAGAUAUUUUGUAUAUUUUUUAUUCUAAUAGAGAAUUUAAAUAAAUUAUUUAUUAUUCUCUUU